GGGGAGCUUCAGCCUCCUCCCGACACACCCAUCGUUCCAAUAUCUGGGGCUACUGAGCACAACCAAUCCUCGCUCCAACCCCGUGCCCUGUGCUCAGUAUAUCCCGCAGCCCGGAUUGCGAAGCCAUGAUCCCCCGAAUACGACAGCAGCAGUUGCUCAAACUCGCGCAAUGUCGCAUCGCCGGGUCCCCUGGUUUGCAACGGGCGGCCUUCCGUCAACUCCCCACGAGUCCCCUGCCAGGCCACACAGACCGGCCGCUCCGUCAGCCGCGACGGGCAUUUUCCACAUCUCAUAUCCUCCUGCAGGACCAACCGAAACCACCUCAGCAAGAGACCACGACCGCGCCCGCCCCUCCCGCCCCUCCAGCUGAACCUCCCACAAGCAAAUCCCCGCCUCCGCCCAAGCCCCGCCGGCGCCGGCGCCUCCUCCUCGCCGCGACCUUCCUCCUCAUCGGCACCGCCGCCGGCUCCUCCCUCCGCCUCGUCCUCUCGCCGCCCGAGCCGCCCGCCCCAGGCACCGAGGAGGACGCCUACACGAUCUCGGUGCUCCACACGCAAGCCGCCGCGCUCCCCAUCGUCGCCGAGCUAUCCGCCGACCCGGACUGGACCUCCUGGCAAGCCUACGAGUCCAUGCCCGCCCCCCACGCCGCCACGCACGCCUGCGCCUCCUCCCUAGCCGGCUCGCGGGGCCUCGGCGGCUACCAGCGCAUCUUUCAGCACCGGCCCACGGGCGACGUCGUGGCCGUCGUCUACCUCGGGGCCGGCACCGCCGGCUGGCCGGGCGUCGCCCACGGCGGCUGCGUCGCGACGCUUCUGGACGAGUGCUGCGGCCGCGCCGCCUCGGCCGCCAGGCUGGCCGCCCGGACCGGCUUCACCGCCCGCCUCGAGGUCAACUACCUGCGCCCGGCGCUGUCCAACGGCUUCUGCGUCGUGCGCGCCAGGUGCCGCCCCGAGGAGGAGCUGGACCCGUCCGAGCGCGGGAAGGGGAGCUACAAGGCGCUCGUCGACGCUACGCUGGAGGACGCUGCGACGGGGAGGGUGUGCGCUGUCGCUGAGGCGCUGUUCAUUGGGCCC